UUUAUAUAUCUAUCGGCCAGUCUUGGGAAAAAAAAAAAAAAAAACAUUUUUAGAAGGAAAGAGAGAAUAAGCUUGGUCGACAUUCAGAUCAGGCUAGGUCUCUCAACUUUGAUCAUGUCGGUUAGAGGUCAAUUACAAAGUACAACAGGUAUUCCAAAGGCAGUCAGUAGCAUAAAGCUCCUGGACGUGCUACUGGAAAUCCUCAGUACUUGGGAUUUGGAAACUGCUACCGCCGGAAGCGUCCGCCGGCAUCUGGAGAAGGAUUUUGGGGCUGAUCUAUCGGACCCAAAAUAUCGUAUCAUCAAAGAAAAAAUCGACGUCUUUUUUGAGGAAGGGGAAGAGGAUGAGAAUGAAGGUAAAGGUAGAAGAAGAAGAAAGAGAAAGAGAAACGAGAAAGAGAUAUGUAUAGUGUCUCCACAGCUUCAAGACAUUGUUGGAGAGGGUCCUGAAAUGGCCCGAGCCAAGGCAGUGAAGAAAAUUGUGGCUUAUGGUCGGGAAAAGGGUUUGCAUAAAAACAAGUCUAUUAUAUAUACUGAUGAUAAAUUAGAGGCCCUUUUUCCUGGCAGGAAAUCUAUUCAUAUAUUUCGAAUUGAUAACCUAUUGGCCAAGAACAGUCAUAUACAGCCGCUUAAAGUUAUGAAGCUGUGCAAAGAAUGCAAGGUGAGGAGGACGAGGACGAGGAGGGAAAAUGAGACUUGUGAAUGUGAUCAAAUUGGGGUGAAAAGUCAGAGGAAGGAUACCCAACAGAAACAUAACCUAGCAGAGGAAGAUAUAAGAUCGUGGGAUACAUUGCCACACGAUAUUCUGGUGAAAAUCAUUGAUUUACUUUGCGGUCCACUCAAGUAUUGGACACCCAUCUCACCAGCUUUCUCCACGCGUUACGCGUCCGUCAGCCGCUCAUGGAAAUUGGCAGUCCUUGAUCUAGUGUUUCCACCUAGUGAUGUGCUUGAUCUGCGAGUCCUUGAUUCACAUCCCUGGAAAUCUUGCCAUAAGAUGUUCUUUCAUUACCUCAGGAUUGCCUUUAAAUGCCGACCCACCAGCGGUUGGACAACACUAUACUUUCCCAACGAGACUAUAUUUGCCGAACGUCCCUUUCUUCAAAAUAACACUUUUAUGAUCAAAAAUGAUAUCCUGACUUUGAUCGCUGAGAAGUACGUGAGAGACUUUUCUUUAAUUCCCUCUCUUAUGGAUAUUCUUUAACAAUGAAAGGUAAUUAAAUAUCAAUUUCUGGGUUUUAUAAGCUUAACUAUCGUUUAUCGUUUAUGCAUAUGGAUGGACGUUGCAGGACACCCGGACUGCGGAAUCUCAUUUUACCUGGGGAGUUGAAGAACUAUAUAUUUGGCAAGUUGGCGCCUAACUGGAAGAAUUUGAGAAAAGUACGCAUUUACAUUUCUGCUUAUAAUUUUGUUGCUCUCCAAGCUAAUUGCAAAUUUAUAUGUGAGCUCAAUUUGUAUGGACGCAUGGACGAGAAUUUAGCAACCAUGCUCGCUAAAUUUUUUCCAGAUCUCAAGUCUCUAGAGAUUAGUGGGUGUACAAUGUCGAACCGUGCCCUGAGAAUCAUAUCGGAUGGUCACAAGAAUCUUGAGCUACUUGAUACACAACAGCACUUCUACCAUUUUGCUGAGGCUCAAGUCGAAUCAAGUUCUAAACCAGAGAUGUAAGAGGAAUUAUCAAGCAAAAGAAAUAAUCGAAAGACUAAGGACCAUUGAUAGUCGCAUGUGACUAGGGUCCAUUGUUCAUGUUUAGUACUCUGUUGCCAAUGAUAGUCGCAUAUG